CUUAUCACUUUUAGAAAUUCAUUACAUACAGAUUAUAAGAGAGGUGGUAAGAAGAGAAGAUUUUAUUAUUAUUAUUACUGUAAAUAAAAAAUUGUUUUAAUUACAACAUAAGAUGCCAUAUGCUAAUCAACCGUCGGUUCAUAUCUCGGAUUUAACUGAAGAAAAUGUUAAAUUUCAAGUGGAAGAUACGGAAUUGAGUGUUGCAAAUAGCAUGAGACGUGUCUUCAUUGCUGAAACUCCGACUAUGGCCAUAGAUUGGAUACAAUUAGAAGCCAAUUCUACUGUUUUGAGCGAUGAAUUCUUAGCACAUCGGAUUGGGAUGAUACCUUUGAUUAGUGAUGAUGUGGUCGACAGGAUACAAUUCACAAGAGAUUGUCAGUGUAUGGAUUUCUGUCCAGAAUGUAGCGUUGAAUUCACACUAGAUGUUAAGUGUAUUGAAGACCAAACCAGACAUGUAACUACUGCAGAUUUCAAGUCCAGUGAUCCUAGAGUGUUACCUGUCACAUCCAGACACAGGGAAGAUGAUGCAAGCGAAUAUGGAGAGACUGAUGAAAUAUUAAUAGUAAAAUUAAGAAAGGGACAAGAGUUGAAACUUAGAGCAUAUGCAAAGAAAGGUUUUGGAAAGGAACAUGCCAAAUGGAAUCCAACUGCUGGUGUAAGUUUUGAGUACGAUCCGGAUAAUGCUAUGAGGCAUACUUUGUAUCCUAAACCAGACGAGUGGCCUAAGUCAGAAUACACUGAAUUAGAAGAGGACCAAUAUGAAGCGCCAUUUAACUGGGAAGCCAAACCAAACAAAUAUUACUUCAAUGUAGAAAGCAGUGGUGCAUUAAAACCUGAGAAUAUCGUUAUGAUGGGAAUUGCGGCGUUAAAAAACAAAUUAUCCAAUCUGCAGACACAAUUAAGUCACGAAGUACAAAGCGAUGCAUUAAGCAUUCAUCAUUAAAUAAAUUUUAAUCUUA